ACAAGAAAAAGUUCUAUCUAUUCUUUACAAUCAAAUCAUAUAAACCUCUCGCUAUUCACCCCUCUCUGUCUCUAUCUACCGACGCACACAUACUAAUUGUGUGAGUGUGUGUUUUUUCUCUUUCCAAUGGCGAUAGCAACGGAGGCUCAACAAGAACAAAUGAGAUCUUCAGAAAGCACAGCAGCAGAGAAGAAGAGGUGGAAUCUCAAUGACUUCGAUAUAGGAAAGCCUCUAGGUAGAGGAAAGUUUGGACAUGUUUACCUCGCAAGGGAAAAGCGGAGUAAUCAGAUUGUAGCGCUGAAGGUGUUGUUCAAGAGCCAACUGAAACAGUCCCAGGUUGAGCAUCAGCUACGCCGUGAAGUCGAAAUACAGAGCCAUCUUCGACAUCCUAACAUACUACGACUCUAUGGUUAUUUUUAUGAUCAGAAACGAGUUUAUUUAAUUUUGGAGUAUGCUGCCAAGGGAGAACUAUAUAAGGAGCUGCAAAAAUGUAAAUAUUUUAGCGAAAGACGCGCUUCUACUCAUGUUGCAUCAUUAGCUAGAGCACUCAUUUACUGUCAUGGAAAGCACGUGAUUCAUAGAGAUAUUAAGCCAGAGAACCUUUUGGUUGGAGCACAGGGUGAGCUCAAAAUUGCAGAUUUUGGUUGGUCAGUUCACACAUUUAACCGCAGGCGAACAAUGUGUGGCACACUGGAUUAUCUUCCACCGGAGAUGGUUGAAAGUGUGGAGCAUGACGCAAAUGUGGACAUCUGGAGUCUUGGUGUCCUGUGCUACGAGUUUCUAUAUGGGGUGCCCCCGUUUGAAGCAAAAGAGCACUCAGACACGUAUAGAAGGAUUGUCCACGUGGAUCUAAAAUUCCCUUCAAAACCUUUUGUCUCGUCAGCUGCAAAAGAUCUCAUUAGCCAGAUGCUUGUCAAGGACUCUUCACAACGUCUGCCUCUCCACAAGGUUCUUGA